ACUCGGUCUUCUGUGGGCUUUUUUGUUAGGCACAACACAAAGAACACCUGUAUUUCCAAACAAAAGUGGGUUUUAGAGUGAGAGCGAGUCACUGAAACAAAAGCAUCAGGAGCAGAAACAAAAGACACAAAGUAGAAACAACUAUAAACAGAUCAAUUUUACUUUCGAUAAUACAAUUUCUCAAUCAAUCAAGCUCUUCUUUUCGCGGUUGUAAUAUCAAGGGAGCAUUAAAAUCAGGUUUGAAUUCUGAGAACACUGCAAGCAUAGUUGCCAAAGAUGGCGAAUUUGCAAAUUACUGGUAUUCUGGAAAAGAUGACGGGUAAGGAUAAAGAUUACAGAUAUAUGGCAACAUCUGACUUGCUGAAUGAGUUAAACAAGGAGACAUUUAAAGCUGAUACUGAUUUGGAGAUAAAGCUGUCAAAUAUUGUUCUGCAGCAACUUGAUGAUGUGGCUGGUGAUGUCUCUGGAUUGGCUGUGAAGUGUCUUGCCCCAUUGGUGAAGAAGGUUAGUGAGCCAUGAGUUGUAGAGAUGACUAAUAGGCUUUGUGAUAAAUUGCUCAAUGGCAAAGAUCAACAUCGUGACAUUGCAAGCAUAGCUUUGAAGACAAUUGUGUCUGAAGUUACAACACAAUCUCUUGCUCAAUCCAUUCUUAUUUGUCUAUCUCCACAGUUGAUAAAAGGAAUAACUAGUCCAGGAAUGAGCACAGAGAUAAAAUGCGAAUCUCUUGAUAUUCUAUGUGAUGUGCUCCAUAAAUUUGGAAAUUUGAUGGCAACCGACCAUGAGUUGCUUUUAAAUGCACUUUUGUCCCAGUUGAACUCCAAUCAAGCCAGUGUCAGAAAGAAGACCGUUUCUUGUAUUGUAUCUCUUGCUUCAAGCUUGUCAGAUGAUUUAUUGGCGAAGGCAACAAUUGAAGUCGUUCAGAGCUUAAGAAGUAAGGGUGUAAAGCCUGAAAUGACCUGUACAAACAUUCAAAUGAUUGGUGCUUUAAGCUGUGCUGUCGGUUACCGAUUUGGACCUCAUCUUGGAGACACUGUGCCAGUUCUGAUUAAUUACUGCACAAGUGCCUCGGAGAAUGAUGAGGAGCUUCGUGAAUAUAGCUUGCAGGCACUGGAAAGUUUUCUUCUCAGGUGCCCCAGGGACAUUUCUUCUUAUUGUGAUGAAAUUCUUCAUCUUACUCUAGAAUACCUACGUUAUGAUCCAAACUUCACUGAUAACAUGGAAGAGGAUACUGAUGAUAAGAGUCAUGAAGAAGAGGAGGAUGAGUAUAGUGCAAAUGAAUAUACUGAUGAUGAGGAUGUCAGCUGGAAAGUUCGAAGAGCAGCUGCCAAAUGCUUAGCAGCAUUAAUCGUUUCUCGUCCUGAGCUGCUCUCAAAGCUUUAUGAGGAGGCCUGUCCUAAACUGAUUGAUAGGUUUAAAGAAAGGGAGGAAAAUGUCAAGAUGGAUGUGUUCAAUACAUUCAUUGAGCUACUACGUCAAACUGGAAAUGUUACAAAAGGGCAGAUUGAUAUAAAUGAAUCGAGGUGGUUAUUGAAGCAGGAAGUGCCAAAGAUUGUUAAAUCUAUAAAUAGGCAGCUUCGCGAGAAAUCUAUCAAGAGAAAGGUUGGUGCAUUUUCUGUUCUGAAAGAACUUGUGGUCGUCUUGCCAGACUGCCUAGCAGAUCGCAUUGGAUCACUCAUUCCAGGAAUAGAGAAGGCAUUAAAUUACAAAUCUUCAACCUCGAAUUUGAAGAUAGAAGCUCUUAUAUUUACAAGAUUGGUAUUGGCAUCACAUUCUCCUCCUGUGUUCCAUCCUCAAAUAAAGAACGAUGGGCAGGAAAAAGGAUAAGGGCAAAGCCCCUAAGAAGAACCUGCAUCACCUACUAAAGCUCUUUCUGGAGCAUUCAGAAGAUUUACUAAACCCUAGACACUAAAAUUUCUCCAGAUCUUAAAAAUGGAUUGAACAGUUAAGUCAAUCCCCUGAAGUUUAAUCGUUACAAAGUAUAGCGUCCUCUUCCACAGAGGCGCCAGGUAUGUCUUCUACACCUAAAGCGAUCG